AUGAGAACUACAAGGAAAUCGAAAAGAAGAUCGAACACAACAAAGAAGGUCUCCUUCAGUAGUAACGUUCUUGUCUGUGAAGACGACAGCUUUUCCCAAGCAGAGCGAAACCAGAUGCAUUAUACCAGAGAAGAUUUCAGCUCUUUCACUGGAGCGGUCCUACAGUACAUCGACAGUGUUCGCCGGAUUGAGCAUCAGUCUUCACAACCAUACUCCUCGACUCUUCUUUCCACGGGACUAGAAGGUUUCCUUCACCCCGAGCACAAGAUGAAACAUCGACUACAGGGUGUUCUUGCUGUUCUGAUGGAACAAGAUAGACAAUAUAUGGAACAAGGCCUCUUCACUCCAGUUGACUUUGAUUCCAUGUCUCAUGUUUACCACAUUGCAUGCCAAGAGAGUCAACAAGAAGCCCAUCAAAGAGCACUCUUGACAGAGCAAAAGCUGAAAAGCGAGGCUUUCUUUGCUCCCAAGUCUCAAGUUUACAACUUUACACCUCAAGAGAGUCAAGAAGAAGUUAACCAAAGAUCCCUGGUUCAACGCAGGGUGGUCAGCAUGGCUGCCUAA